AUGACCGUCGACAUUACCAAGCCCUUCCCUGGCCUUGACGAGGUCGACCUCUACCCCGUCCAGAACUACACCUACCAGAACACCACGCUUCAGCCCGAGGAGGACAGCUCGGUUGCGGAGCGCAUGCGCCGCCUCCAGGACCAGUUUGACGAGACGGGUAUUCGCCGCUCUGUCGACGCUGUCAUUGUCUGCCAUGACCACGGUCUCCCCUGCGUCCUCACGUUCCAGAUUGCCAACGACUUCUUCAAGCUCCUUCUUUCGGUCUGGUACCGUCCCAACUUUGACGGCUUCCUCUAUCCCUAUAAGCCCGUGCACGUUUCGCAGCCAAAGGAGCGCCGCAAGAUCUUCCUCGUCACCAUGUCGCCUGAGCAGAAGCUUGGCGUCCCACUUAACAUGAAGCUCCUUGCUAUCCCUCUUCACGAGUUCUACGACAACACCCAGCGCUACGGCCCUCAGCUUAGCUCGAUUCCCCACCUUCUCAGCCGCGUCACUUUCACUGCCAAGCACUAA